AUGGCAGCGGCCGUGAGCUUUAGACGCUGUUGUUUGUGGAAGAACAGCCGCUCUCUGUCCGCUCCUCUCCGGGGCAACUCUACCGGACACCGGGCUCUGUGGAGAGGCUUCCGGAGCUCAGUGACACGGCCCGACGGACACACAUGGGACCGAGGGGAGGCACCGGAGAACCAGGACUACUGCCUGCAGCUGGUACGGUCUAGAGACUAUGAAGGCCUGGUGUGUUCACUGCUGUUCCCAGAGGAGGCCAGACGCUCCUCUCUUGCUCUGAGAGCUUUUAAUGUGGAGCUGGCUCAGGUAAAAGACUCCGUUUCCCAGAAAACCAUUGGUUUGAUCCGAAUGCAGUUCUGGAAAACUGCGGUGGAGGAAAUGUACCGUGAUGAACCUCCGAAACAACCUGUCAGUGCAGAACUGUGGAGGGCCGUGAGGAAACACCACCUGACAAAGAGCUGGCUGCUGCGGAUCAUCAGAGAGAGAGAGAAGGACCUGGAGGACCGCGCUUACAGGAACCUGUCUGAGCUGGAGACGUACUCUGAGAACACACAGUCCUCUCUGCUCUAUCUUCUGCUGGAGGCUGUAGGAAUAAAGGACGUCCAUGCAGACCAUGCAGCGAGUCACAUCGGUAAAGCUCAGGGCAUCGUCACAUGUCUGAGAGCGACGCCCUAUCACUGCAGCCGCCGCAGGGUCUACCUGCCCAUGGACCUGUGUCUGCAGCAUGGUGUGUCUCAGGAGCAGUUCCUUCGCUUCAGUCGAGAGCAGAGUGUGAGAGACGUGGUGUUUGACAUCGCCAGCCAGGCACACGCACACCUGCAGCAUGCUCGUUCCUUCAGACACAAUGUUCCUCCUCAUGCAGCACCUGCUUUUCUGCACACGGUGAGCCUGGAGGAUUACCUCCAGAGGCUACGGAGAGUCGACUUUGACGUGUUCCACCCCAGUCUCCAGAAGAGGAACCCUCUGCUGGCCAUUCGCCUCGUGUGGAGACGGGAGGUGUACGGGCCCUAUCUCUCCGUCCGGGUUGGGCGGUGUAGCUGGCGCUCCAGGUAUAGUGGUGAGGGGGAGUGGGCUCUUCCCGGUGACUAUGGGUGUGUGUACGUCUGUAAUGAUGUGGACGUCCCCUCUCUCUUUCUGGGACUCUAG